AUGAAAUUAGCAAAAGCAUUAUAUUUUGUUGCCUUUUUAUUGGCCAUAAAAGUGUUAAUCCCAGGAGCUAACAAUUAUGUUGAAGCUAAACCCGCAAAUACAAAAAAAGUAGUCAAAGGAAAAGCCAAAGGAAAAGCCAAAGAUAAUGGAGUUACUAAAAGUAACAAGGCUGCAAUUAUAUCUUCAAUAGCUGCAUCAGUAGCAUUAGCAAUUGCUACUACAUUUGGUGUAAUGUAUUAUCAAAAAAAUGGAGGUUUUGAAAAAUUAUUAUGGGGUAAUAAAAAAGAUGAAAACGAAAGUUUACCACAAGACAAAAAAGAAGAUCCCACACCCUCAAAAGAUAAUUUAAGUACUACUCCAAAAAGAAAAACCCCAUCAUUUACUCCAAUUUCUGAUGGAUAUAAACCAUCUAAUUCACCAAAUGAGAAUAGCAACAGAACCCCAACUGCCCCAUAUACUGUAAAAUUAAAUUAA